UGUCAUUACCGCAAAAGGCUCGCAAGGCUCAUUCUUUUCAAUCACGCAACCAAGGUCAUUUGAGGGUGUACUAAAAACGGCUUAGGCUUAGUGUAAAAGUAGGAGGGAGCUGAGAAUCUAGUUUUCGUUAAGAGAUCUUUCAUAAGGUAGCAACUGAACAUGUGUUUGCAAAGACCCUAGGAGAAGAGGCAACAACAAAGUGAGCGGUGCUACUGAAUUGAUUUGUGUUUGUUGAAAAUUACCAUGAGUGAUAAAAAGGAAAAGGCUGUUAUCGUGGGUGGAGGAUUGGUUGGAGCGUUGGAGGCAUGUUUUCUAGCCAAACGAGGUGUAGAGGUACACCUUUACGAAUACAGAGACGAUAUUCGCAACAUGGAACAUGUGGCCGGAAAGAGCAUUAAUCUGUCGCUUUCCGUUCGGGGCCGAGCUGCACUGGCCCACCUGGGUUUGGAUCUGCACCUCACGCAGGAUUACGGGAUUCCCAUGCGGGCCAGGAUGAUCCAUCCAAUCCAAGGCCACACGUACGCUGUCCCAUACGGUAAAGAGGACCAGUGCAUUUACUCUGUGGGUCGGCGAUACCUCAACGAACUUCUCCUGCAUGACGUGGAGCACAAGAUCCAAUCUGAUAUGGUACUUGGAUGUGAUGGUGCUUUUUCUAAUGUUCGCAAGGCCCUGAUGAGAAAAACACGUUUUGACUUCAGCCAGGAGUACAUUCCUCAUGCUUAUUUGGAAUUGUGCAUCCCACCCACUCAAGGCGGAGAGUUUGCCAUGCCUCCCAACUAUCUUCAUAUAUGGCCACGUGGAAAUUUUAUGAUGAUAGCGCUCCCGAAUCAGGAUAAAUCCUUCACUGUCACCUUGUUCAUGCCAUUCGAAACAUUCGAUGCCAUAACAGAUGACACGUCACUAUUGGAUUUCUUCCUGGCAAACUUUCCAGACUCCAUUCCUCUGAUUGGACAAGCCCGUCUUAUUGAGGACUAUUUCAACAUCAAGCCUUCACCUCUGGUCUCCAUCAAGUGUUCCCCCUAUAACUAUCAGGAUAAGGUCUUGAUUCUGGGAGACGCAGCCCACGCCAUGGUGCCGUUUUAUGGACAAGGAAUGAAUUGUGGAAUGGAGGAUGUACUUAUUUUGGAUCAAUACUUGGACAAAUAUCCUCAGAGUCGUCUCAAAGCAUUCGAAGAAUAUUCAAGAACGCGGAAUAUCGACGCUAAAGCCAUGUGUGAUUUGGCCAUGUACAAUUACAUCGAGAUGCGUGAUUUGGUGGCCAAACCGAGCUUUUGGAUCCGCAAGCGAUUGGAUUCUUUCCUUCAUUGGCUGAUGCCCACCUCCUGGGUUCCCCUUUACACUUCUGUCACUUUCAGCCGGAUGCGGUACCACCAAUGUAUCGCUAACAGAAACUGGCAGGAUCAGACACUGAGUGGCCUCGCGUCUGUGUUUUUGUGCCUCUCUGGGGGCUCGGUGGUGGCACUUUGCGUCUUGAGUGCUUUCGUGAGAAAUCCUCAUUGGUUGGAACGCCUUCAAUGGUUGAGGGAGCCACUGGCUGUCUUCCCUCAAAGAGUCCUGAGAUAACCAAUUCGCCCUAGAAGAGGGAGGUCUUGGAACACCACAGGAUGUCAUUCCGAAAACAUAGUCGACAUGUACCAAAUUCAAGAAGAUGCUCUAUCUGCACAAAUUUUAUUCGCUGUGUGCUUAACGACUUUUGAACUUCUCUUGGUGUAUCUUCAAAUUAAAAACCUUUGGUGCGUUUU